UCACAAUUUUUAUUUGACAAUAUUCGAUGAUUGGGAUAUGUACAAACGAGCAAACCUUUAUAUUUGUGAUCUCCAAACGAUUUCCUACAAAACUAGCUACAGUUCAAUGAAAAAAGUCCAUUUUUUUCCGCCCAAUAUCGUGGGCAAAAUUAAAAUGAUGAUUAUUACUUAUCCAUGGAACUACAAACAAAAUCAAGAGACCUACAGUAAUGUACUAACCUUGCACAAUCCUGUCCAUUAGUUAGUUUUUCGGGGUAUAACCCCUGCUAGCUAAGUACAUUGCGGUAAUCCCCGAGUGGAUAAAUAAUAACCUUGACUUUCAUUUGUGUCAAAUAGCUAUACUUUAAAGCAACAAUUCGUAGUCAUUGUAUUGUUCAUUAGAAAAUGAUCGUUGUCAGGAAUCUGAGGAGAUAGUGAGGUGUUCAAAAAUGUUUAGAUUCUCUAUUGUGAGUGAUAUAAGUUUCUUAACCUAACAGUUUGACGUUAAAUCGUACUGCAGUUUUAAUCGUAAAUAUGGAGCAAUCAUUGAUCAUGACAGGAUACUAAUCAGGAGAAUCGAUAAAAUGCCAAAUAGUUCAGUCGAAGAGGAGAGCACGGCCUCUCAGCAUGCCCUCCAGAUUGCUUUUCAGACAAUGCAGGAACGAUGUCAACAAUUGGAAAAUCGUUUGGCUGCUGUUGAGGAGGAAAAUGUGAGAUUGAGAGUGGAGAAAGGUGCUGCGCCAGAUCCUGACAUUGCUAGUAUUGAUAUUAGCGGUGAAGGAGUAACAAUUCAACGACUCCAGGAAAAGGUUGAGGAGCUAACGAAGCAGAAGUCUCUGCUGUAUCAUCACAUUUUGAUGGUUGCUGCGGAGAAUCGUCAGCUGUGGAAUAGACUUACACGUCUGACUCGAACAAACAAAACCCUAGGAAGUAAAUUAAUCAAAAUAUCCGACACGUUGAAACAACAUCCUGCUGGACAAGCUCUGGAGGCCUCGAGUUAUAGGAUAACAGAGGUAUCACAGGGCCUCCCCAAGGUGCAGGAUGAUGGAGGAUCGCAGGGUGCUGGAGAGCUACAGGGCGAUGCCAGCCUUGAGGAGAUUUCUCUUAGGCUUAUCAAUAGUAUUAUGAUGGAAAAGGUGGAAUUGGAGCAGCAGUAUUCAGAGAUGGUGGCGUUACAAAAUGGUGCUGACAUGAACAUAAGAAAAGUCGGUUUUGCGUAUCCAGACGAGGGAAAUAAUGAUUCUCUCCAACAGCUCAAGCAACAUGAGUCUAAAUUACUUGACAUUAAGGAUGCCCUACUCUCACAGCAAACAAAACUGAAGAAAGUUUUCCAAAAUUUGAAACGAAUCAGAAGAGCAAGCAAAAAAGUCUGUCAAACAGGCACGCAAUUUGAUUCUGAUGAUAGCUUGAGAGAGAAUGGUGCCACCCAGACGAGUCUACUGCCCACUGUAAGCCUGGAAUCGGACAAAAUCGAAGGUUUUGUGAACAAAAUUCCAGAUGAUGGCCAGAUCUGUCCAAUGUGUGGUGCAUUCUUUGGAAAGUCAGUCCCCUUCGAGACUUUCCAUCAACAUGUUCUCUCACACUUCUCCACAGGAUCUCCUCCAGGGUUUGAAUUGUUACCUUAGUGACAAGGAAAUCCGAAGUAAAUCAUUCGAGACAUUCGACGAUUGUGAUAAAAAUGACAAGAAAAUAACUAACAUUUUUAAUGAUAACACAAUUUCUAAGAAUUAGGUUCCUAUAAUUGAUAAAUCAGAAUAAGUUGAUCAAUUUACUGAAGUAACCACUUACAAAUAUGAAUUGAUGAGUGACAUCUGCGUAUCCAUUUCCUUCUUAUUAAAAAGAAAUUUAAUGAUCUAUAGAGCAUAAUUGAGAGGAAAUAAAGAACGAAAUGCUAUUUUUAGACAGAGAAAGAUAUAA